AGUACGAUGCGAGAAGGCAUGUCUAGAAUCUGAAAUCGACCCAUCGUUCUCUGGAUCCAGGCCUAUGACGGAGGCGCCCUGUCAACUUAUAAGUCGUCCGUCUCAAACUUAACGUUGGAAAUAUCCCACUCAGGUCUUGUCAAUAGUAACUUUCUUGAGCACACUUCUCCCAUCCACUCUCUUGCACCCAGACAUAAAGCAUAAUGACGUCGUAUCUGCGAUUUAUCUUUGGUGGACAUACUCAGCAAAGUUCGGGUCCUUCUGGUCACAGUCCCGCUCCACUCAAAUCUCAUAAUCGUUCCCGGUCCGCACCUGCCCCGAUACCUACUCCAAGUUACAUAUACGGUCCUCCGAGUAGUGCAACUUCGUCAAGCAAUAGCAAUCGUCUCAGGACAAAGCGUAGCAAUAGCUACUGUGCUCGCACCACCGCUCCCUCACCACUUCGCUAUGGUACUUAUGAUUCCGUACCGAUGCAGUCGGGUGAUGCAAGGCGUACUACACCCACGAAGGUUGAAAGACCGGCAUUGUACAGACGCGCGAGCUACAAAUCGGCUGAGCCUGGCUUGAGACACCAUUCAUAUGCUCCUUCGGCAUCUUUCGGGGGCUCGUCUCGUUCUAACUCGAGCUCCUCUCUGUUGCCCGGCAUGAUGCCUCCGCCCCCUCCUUUGUCAACCACAAGUUCGCGUAGCGGCGUUAGGUACACGGAAACGAGGCCUUCCCUCAAGCAGACGCACACAUGGCAAAGUAGUAUUUCCAGUGCAAGUGGAUCAUCGCAAGCCUAUGCUAGUGACCCUCGCCUUGCCUCUCAUCCUGGCCCACUUCAUAUGCAUCCUCUAUUUGCGACGACUAGGCUACACAGUGCACCAAUCUCGUACGAUGUUCUCUUUGCACCUUCUUCUAGGACUGCUCUUGAUCGCACAACUCACACUGCUGUUCCCGCACACACUCUUGCGCAACCAGCAACUGAUCCGCCUACUCUUGCAACUUCUAGGAUUGUUCUGCGCUCAGACAAGUUCCCCUGGCCGGUGAUAGUAACGCCCUCCAGCUUGAAUCCAAGCUCCGGCUCUAGUUUUUACCUUGGCUCUAGUAAGGGUGGCCGUUCUGCGGCGCUCUCGAAUAUGGAUCUGCUUUAUUCCGUACAUACCACCUUGCUUACUCGUAUAACGCCUCAGGAAUGGGAAGCUUUAGGUCACGGGAGCCGUGCCCAACGCAAAAUCACUCGUGCUUACGAAAAAAGGUGUACCAAAAUGGGUGGUGGAUGGGAGGGGGGCGUCAGGAGGAUCGACUGGUUGCAUGGGAAGACCAGGUUGAUCGGCAUUGAGGCCGAGAAACACGGAAGUGCUGUCGGUUCUGGGAAGCUUGUCUUCGGGAAGGCUUGAGGUCUUCUCAUAAGGUUUCUUAUUUUCUUGCUGCUAUGCCUCUUGGGAUACUUCUUGUUUUUCGAAUCUCUUUAUUCAAAAAACAGAAAAAAAAAUCUGGUACGACGGUAGACCGGAGUACUUUAUGGGUAUUUUUGUGGACUUCUGUAUUGUUAUUUGGGUUUUUUUUGUUUAUGUUAUGUACGCAUAUCUUUCGUAGUGAUGCCUGUAUGAUAAGUAUUCGAGUUUGUUGACAUCCCCUGUCUCUGUGGAAUAAUCUAUGACGUAUAUUCGU